CGGCUGUGCGAAGCUGUGCCAUUUGAAUUUCAGCACAGACGCUCGCUGCGCUCCCAUUCCUGGCGCGUGUCCCAGUGCAGAGUUAGCCGAGGCUCGGGCUCAGUUUUCCCUGCUCACUCCCUGUGACAGCUUCGCCGGGCUCCGGCAGCCAGCACUCCAGAGCCACCAUGGAGGACACCACCUUGCAAAUCAUUGAGCCACCCACUGUUUCUGAGGCCUCGGAGGAGCAAGUGCCCGAGGAACCCAUCAAACCAGACCAGAUCAACGGUGUGAUGGUGCUGACCCUUCUGGACAAGAUCAUUGGAGCAGUGGAUCAGAUCCAGCUGACCCAAACACAGCUGGAGGAGAGACAGCAAGAAAUGGAUAGCGCAGUGACCAGCAUCCAGGGAGAGCUGACCAAGCUGACCAAGGCACACACCACCACCAGCAACACCGUCAACAAGAUGCUGGAGAAGGUGCGCAAGGUGAGCGUCAACGUGAAGACAGUGCGGCAGAACCUGGAGAAGCAAGCUGGGCAGAUCAAGAAGCUGGAGGCCAACGAAGCUGAGCUGCUGAAACGCAGGAACUUCAAAGUCAUGAUCUACCAGGAUGAAGUGAAGCUCCCGUCCAAACUGAGCAUCAGCAAGUCUUUAAAGGAGGGUGAAAAGCUGGAGAAGGAAGGUGAGGGUGAGGAGGUGCCUGUUGGUGAGGACCACAUGGAGGAGGACCACAUCCAGCUCUCCUCGGAUGAGGAGGUGGAGAUUGAGGAGAUUAUUGAAGAGUCACGGGCAGAGCGCAUCAAAAGGAGCGGUAUGAAGAGGGUGGAUGACUUUAAGAAGGCAUUCUCAAAGGAGAAGAUGGAGAAGACUAAGCUAAAGACCAAGGAGAACCUGGAGAAGACUCGCCACAACUUGGAGAAGACCCGCCACAACCUGGAGAAGAGGAUGAACAAACUGGGUACCAAGAUUGUGACUAACGAAAGGAGAGAGAAGAUGAAGACCUCUCGGGACAAGCUGAGAAAGUCUUUCACCCCUGACCACACCAUCUACGCCAGGUCCAAGACAGCUGUUUACAAAGUGCCACCCUUCACUUUCCAUGUCAAGAAAAUAAGAGAGGGCGAGGUGGAGGUGAAAGCCACAGAGCUGGUGGAGGUUGGUGGAGAGGAGGGAGAGAACUCAGAUCUGAUGCGUGGGGAGAGCCCCGAGAUGCACACACUGCUGGAGAUCACGGAGGAGACCGACACGGUACUGGUGGACAAGAGUGACAGCGAGUAGGACAGGCUGUGGUGUGGAAGGGUUGUGGAUGACGGCUGAACAUGUUAUCACUCACAUUUUGAGCUCUCCCUGCCCUGGAGCCCCAGAGAAGUGUACACCAUGCAUCCUUCCUGCCCUGCAGAGCCGAUGCCGAUCCCCUGCCUGCUUGGACAAGGUGUAUUUUAUACUUUAGUGUUAGCA